CACCCCCACCUUAGCAGACAGACUUUGUCUCCAGGCUCUUGCCACUGGCAGGCCCGUCUGUGGCUGAGAUGUGACUGAGGCAAUGAACAGAGUGGCUCCCGUACUGGCGUCCCCAUAGCCUUGUCAGGGAGAGAUGGUUCUGUCCUCUAAGGCGCAGGAAAUUCACCUCCUUCCAACCCAGCACAGGCCUGUAGGAAAGGGGCAGGGAUGGAAACCAGCCCCGAUGCCUCCACUCGAACCUCCCACAGCAGUGGACUGUUGGAUGCCUUUGAAACUAGGGCACAUGGAGAGGCUGGUGCAUUGGGUAGUUGGCAUUUCUCAUAGAGGAUGGUCCUAACUCCCUCCUUUGAGAUAACACUGACAUAACCAGAGGCUUAGAAGCAAGAACCAGCAAGGAACCCUGAGGAGUUUUACUGGACUAUAAAAUCCAGGCAUGAAGAUGAAGUGGUCAGGGUCAGAGAAAGGCGGGGGAAGCAGUUUGGGCGUCCCAGGUGGGGAGAAAUUGGUUUGAGGGACACUCUACAGCUCGGUGUCGCCGCAUGAAUUAGAGGUAUAAGUCAGACGCCCUUGAGGCAGCAGUGUCCAAGCCAAUGGACUUAAGAGUCCUGCUCUGGAGACGGGCUUUCAGAGCCCUGGACUUGUGUUAACUGCUGCCAGAUCCAGGGAGCAUGCAGAGUGCAAACAAAGCUUCAAGAAAUGGGUAAGAAGCAGAUAGGUGGGAGACAAGUUAGAGGCAUGGGAUGGCCCGGGAGGAAGUGAUUGGCGAUGUUAGUACUGCAGAAGGAUCAAGAAAGGAGAGGGAGAAGGGCCUAAGUGGCUUGUCACUAGUGAUCAUAAAAGCUGACACUUACCAAGCCCUGAUGCUAUGUCAAGCGCUGCACGUGUAUUCAUCUUCUAAUCUGUUUUUUGGUAGGAAAUGUCAAGCAUACCCAAGUGGAGAGAAGAGUAUGGUGAACCUCUUUGUACCCAUCUAUCACCCCACACCCCCCAAUGUAUUGAAGCAAACACCAGGCUUCUAUACAUCAACCCUUCAGUGAUAUGCAUGUUACCUACAUGGCCCUCCCAACAGCCCUAGCAAGGAAGUCAUCAUAUCACUGUGGUACUGAAAGGCAGAAGACUUCUGGUAGUUCCAGUGGAGCCAAGAGCUAGUGCCUGGGCUGGUCGCUGUAGCAGGUGCUAGGAGCACAGGAGUGAGCCACAUGGACUCUAAAGCAGGUGGGUAUGUGGAGUUGACAGUCUCCCCAUUUUGGUAGUUUCCCAGGUAAAAUCCCAAAACUACGUUUCCCAGCAUCCCUUGCCUCUAGGGUAUGGUGGUGAGAUUUGCUUUCACAUUUGAAAGGGAGAGGGGAGAUAAAGGUGGGCUUCUGCUGUUACUGCUUAUGAACGCCGUCAUGGUGUUUGGUUUCUCUGCAGCAGCAAUAAUACUAUUAAUCAUAAUAGUGUCCAGAGUCUGGACACUUGCUUCGUGGGGGUUAAGAGGCAGGGCAGGGGUCAUCUCUUCUGGCACUGACUGCAGCUGGGGUUAUGCGGUCUUGGAACCAGCUGCUGGGGUAGACAUAGCAGCUCCCUUGGUGUCAGUUGUAUGAUGUUUUUCUGGGAGUUAUCCUCGGAUCUGUUCUUCCAGCCCUGCCAACAAUUUUAUACUUCCCUCUAUUAGACCCUUUUCUGCUUCUUAUCUGUAUCAGGCGAGCACUGAGGGGAAUGAACAUAAUGAGAAAUCUUGCGCCCUGGUAGGUGCCUUGGUCAUUCCAAAUCCCUGCCCUACCCCCUUCCAAUUAUAGCCUGACCCCAGGGACAGACAGGGCCCUUACCUCCUCAAAUAGGGGUACCCUCACUGGGGGCUUGCCAAAGUUACUUAAAGAUGGAAGUGUCAGGUCAGCUUUAUCCACCGCUUGGGCCCAAUAUGGGCUAGGAAGUGGAUGACUGUGUGGAGUACUGGCUGCCCAACUUUGUAAAGUGCAGGUAAAGCUUGGCAUGUCCUGCAGGCCUCCUCUGCCAGGGUGCCAAGCCUUCCUUUCAGGAGACAGGCCAUUCUCAGUUACAGGUGACAGAAACCCAACUCAAGCUGACAUAAGCAAAACAAAAGGGGGGUGGGGGAGGUUAUUGUUUCCUGUGAUGAAUCAAAAAGCCCAGGGGUGAUUCUAACUUCAGAUGAUGUCUUCUUCGAGAGGUCAGUUCCCUGCGUCUCUUGGCUCUGCUUUAUUCUGUAUUCUAUUGUUUUCCUCCAGGUAGAGGGAGCAAUAAUAGAGGUCCCAGUUAGCAAGCCCAACAGAAAAAUCUUCCUCCUCAGUAGUUCAAGUUCCUGGACUCACUCUCAUUGGUCGGGGUUGGUUGAUGGAUUUAUUUUUGCAUCAAUCUCUGGGGCUCUGAUUUGCUAGACUUGGGCAUGUGCCCACCCCAGGGACCAGGGUUGGGGUCAUCUCCAUGCAAACCAGAGGAGGGAUGGGUCCUCCAAGGAAGAUUCAAAUACUGGGCUGGCCAAAAUAACAGCAGUCACUACACUUCCCUGUGACUACCAGAUGCACCCCAUAAAUAUGCUUCCAGAGCAUAUACUUUCCAUGCGUGCUUUGUUAGCCCAUAAUGUUACUGGAGGCCCUUCCUACAAGGCAGGAGGCAUGCAUGCCCCUCAGGGUCACCACUGUGACCCUUUACAUAGUACAGUGGCGGGUCUCCCAUCUGAGUCCUGAAGUACCUUUUGUUGUUUCGGCUCUUGCUAUCAUUUGUUCCAUCUGUUCUCCUUUGGAACUGGACAUCCUUGCCUAAUUUGUGGAGCCCUUCCUCAUUCUCUUCUGGGGCAAAUGGCUAAUCUUAUAAAGCAAUACGAACAUUCUCUUGCCUUUAACCGUUCCCUUUUCUUACAGGGAAGGCUGAAUGAUUGGCAGUAAUGAGGAGCAGUCUUCUGACUGUGCAUUUGACCUUGACCCCUGACAGGAAAACUGGAGUUGGUGGUUUUAGGUUUUCCUUCUGUAGAGCAUGGCUCAUCUUUUGGUCACGGGCAUAUAUCCACUUACCAGCCCCUUCUCCCUCCUGGGGCCAGUUUACCCCAUCCUCCAACAGCCCCCAUCCCACUGCCCACCUUCCAAACUGCAGUCUUCAGCCACAGGAUGUGCCUAACUCAGCCCUCUCACCUGCCCCAGCUCUAAGUACUACCUGCUUCUGGCAGCCCUCAGCCACAUUUGUAAGGAACAGUACGAACGUUCCAGGACAACUGCACACAAAUGGUUCACGCCUUACUGGUUCUCAGAGCCUAAAGAACAGCCUCUGAAUGUUUUUGAUCACCCAUAUAAGUCAAAUCUUUUUGAGCAUGCACCCCCAGUGUGUGCCCAUGUGUUUAUGUAUUAUAGGCGGUACUAAGUUUAAUUUUAUAAUUCACACAAAGUAAAUGUUUACAGAUUAAAUGAAAACUCUGUUUUCUUUGAACAUUUACAAUGGUGUGUCUUGUGUACCUCCUGGAGCUAAGCGUCACCGACUUUGGGGACCGUUAGCCUCCAUCAUAGCAGUUACGAGAGGCUCCAUCAGAGCAGUGUAGCUUGUUCAUUUGUGUGCAGGCUGAUUCAAGUUGCCCUGGCAGCCUUUGGGAACAUACAAAUCCCCUUUGACUCUGACUUGUUUACUGUCUCCCGGCAGCUUCUGUACACCCUCUCACUACCUUUUUCCCCAUCCUUAUGCCAUCUGUUUCUUCCACUCCUUUUCACUGAAGCCUCUGGACCUUGCUGGUCGUACCAAAUAGUUUCGAAGGUGAACAAUUCCUGGGAGUCCAUUUAAUGACCCACAAUGUGGGAAUAGGCGCUCGGUCAAUACUUGAACGAAUGAAGCGGAACUCCGCACAAAGGCUGGGCACCGGGAGCCAGGUCUGUCGAAUCCAACUCCACGGCCCCAGGGCUGGGCACCCUGAAGCCCGGGCCCUCCGCGACCGCCUCCCCGUGCCCUUGGCAGCAGUCCCCGAGUCUCCCGAGCCUUGCUAACGUCUAACCCCGUGUCCCACCACCCCCAGAAGCCGCAGAGUGCUUGAAAAUGACCGGGACCCCUUCCCGGAGCAAGUGCCCCUGGCGGCGCCCAGAAAAGGUCCAGACACACGGUCCGGGGGCCGAAGGAGGCCGCGCCCGGCGCCACCAGGUGACAACAUGGCAAGCCGCCAGUACCGCCCGCCAGUCCUGGGCCCGAAAGCCCGCUCUUCCUCGCGGGCCGCCGCGCCACUCCCCAAAACGUCACAUCCGAUGGAAACCCAACCCGGAAGCGAACGGUGAACGGGAGAGCUCUGCCAUCCAGGAAAGCAGCCCAGUACCUGGACUUGCCCAUGGACUCUUCUCAGGACCAGCCGACGGUACAGGCUGGGGAGCCCUCCUAAGCUGCAGAGAACCCUGGUGCAUGGUCCUUCAGGAGAAGCCAUGGUGUUAGAGAGGCCUGGCCUGGGCAGGGUGGGUGGCUGCCCAGGCCCCCUCAGUAUGCUUCGGGCUGCCUUGCUUCUUGCCAGCCUGCCAUGGAGAGUCCGAGGAACAGCCAGUGGCAACCUCAGCACAGCUCUGGGCCACACUGUACCACUGAUGAGGGCCCACUACCUGAGCAUUGGGGACGGCUCAGUGAUGGAGUUUGAGUUCCCCGAGGAGAGUGAAGGCAUCAUCGUGAUCUCAAGCCAGUACCCGGCUCAGAGCAAUGGGACUAGGCUUGGCCCCACGCUCAGGGUCACCUCCCUGGACACAGCGGUGCUGACCAUCAAGAACGUGAGUGCCAUAAGCUGGGGUGGUGGGGGUGGCUUUGUGGUGAGCAUCCACUCUGGCCUGGCAGGGCUGGCACCCCUCCACCUGCAGCUCAUGGACCUGCAUAAGGCCCAGCCCCUGCUGAUCGAGGAACGGAGUGAUUUCUCCAUCAAGGUCUUGCCUGCUGAAGACGCGCCAGCCACCCUCAGUGCUGACCUGGCCCACUUCUCAGAGAACCCAAUACUCUACCUGCUCCUGCCUCUCAUUUUCGUCAACAAGUGUUCGUUCGGGUGCAAAGUGGAGCUCGAGGUUCUGAAGGGGUUCCUGCACAGCCCCCAGCCCAUGCUGCUGGGCCUCCUGGGUCAGUUCCUGGUCAUGCCCUUCUAUGCAUUCCUGAUGGCCAAGGUCUUCAUGCUGCCCAAGGCCCUGGCCCUGGGCCUCAUCAUCACCUGCUCUUCGCCCGGGGGUGGCGGGAGCUACCUCUUCAGCCUCCUCCUUGGAGGAGACGUCACCCUUGCCAUUUCCAUGACUUUCAUCUCCACGGUGGCUGCCACUGGCUUCCUGCCACUGUCCUCAGCUAUUUACAGCCACCUUCUCAGCAUCCACGAAACCCUUCACGUGCCCAUCUCCAAGAUCCUGGGGACGCUGCUGUUCAUUGCCAUUCCAAUAGCAGCUGGUGUGGUGAUCAAGUCCAAGCUCCCCAGGUUCUCCCAGCUGCUGCUGCAGGUCAUCAAGCCCUUCAGCUUUGUGCUCCUCCUGGGUGGCCUCUUUCUGGCCUACCGCAUGGGCAUCUUCAUCCUGGCGGGCGUCAGGUUCCCCAUCGUGCUGGUGGGCCUCACAGUGCCCCUGGUGGGCCUUUUGGUGGGCUACUGCCUGGCCACAUGUCUGAAGCUGCCUGUGGCUCAGCGGCGAACGGUCAGCAUUGAGGUCGGGGUGCAGAACAGCCUGCUGGCCUUGGCCAUGCUGCAGCUGUCCUUCCGCCACCUCCAAGCUGACUUUGCCUCCCAGGCCCCCUUCAUUGUGGCACUGAGUGGCACCUCAGAGAUGCUGGCUUUGGUCAUGGGCCACUUCAUCUAUAGCAGCCUGUUCCCAGUUCACUGAGGCUCCGGGCCAAGCUUCUACCCCCCUCCCCACUCUCCGCAGUUCUCGCGUACCAAAGGCCUUCAGUGCUCAUGCACUAUGCACUUGGAAAAUCCAGGCUUAUUUUUUGUACUGAUUUUGUAUUCUUCAGCUUUCAUUGCCAAAGAGGCCAUGCUGAGUUAGGUAGGUGGGCACUGCCCAGAAAUAUAUUUCAAUAAAAGAGAGAAGCAA